AACAAAUUCUGUGGUAUGUUAAGUACCAAAAAAUGCGAAGUUUUCCGUCAUCUUCUUCUCCCCCCUCCCGGAAAGAAAUUGCCCUUUUUGCCAUCAUCAUGCUCAACCUUACUUAUAAAGUACAAACUGAACAUCUCCGUCCUCUCUCUAUCGCCAUCGCUAAAACUUAAAAGCCUCUGCCACUCAGAAAAUCCCAGCAACCCAGUUUCAAAAAUGGUUCUAGAUAUAGACCUUAAUGGUCCACCUAGAGUUGAGGAUCUUUUAGUAAUAGAUGAUGCUAUUGGUGUGAAUACACAUUUAGAGCUUGGACUGCCUCAAUUACAAGUGACAGCGAAUUCUGAUUCUAUAGAUGAUGAAGUUGUGAUAUGCUCCCCAAGAAGUUUUGCUGAGGCUAGGGAAAAGUCAAGGAGGAACCAUCAGGUAAUAGAAGUGCUAGAUGAUGAAACUGAAGCACAAGGAGCCCCCCCAGAAGGGUUUAUCUUUUGCAGACGAAGGAAAGUUUCAAGAAGGAAUGGUGCAAAUGUUUCGUGUAUAAACUUGGAAACUCCAGAAAAGUACAAGGAGAGAAAGGGUGAUAAGCCUGAACAGGUGUCCCAGUUUGCAGCUCAACCAAAACCACCCACCUUUAGCUGUCCAGUUUGUAUGGGACAGUUUGUGGAGGAGACGUCAACCAAGUGCGGGCACAUAUUCUGUAAAAAAUGCAUCUCGACUGCAAUAGCAUCCCAAGGGAAAUGCCCCACCUGUCGACAGAUACUCAAAGGAAAAGACACAUUCAGGGUCUACCUUCCGAUAUUAGAUUAAUGUUUAUGUUGCGUGCCAAAUUCAUAAUACCGAGAUGCUCUUCUAUUAUUCAGGAUGCAGAAUGGGGAGUGUGCAGGGGUCUAACCUACCUUUCUAAUAUGAUUGACAAUUUUGGCUUUGAUCAUCCUUUUGGAGCAAGACUUGGGUUUUUUGUUCUCUUUAUAACAUUAUGAUUACUUAUGUUUCAAUGUUUUGCGGUGGGCAUUUUGUCAGACUCCAAUGUUUAAGGGACUCCCUACUCUCCUUCAUCCAAA